AUGCCUUCCAUCACGGCUGACCAGUGGCUCGAAGCAGCAGCUUACCGUCGCAGUGUUCAUGGUUUAGCAGGAACCUCCAAGCUCUCGGACGAACGAGUCCAAGAGAUCGUCUCCAAAGUCCUUUCCUUCGCCCCGUCGUCCUACAACACUCAGCCUGUCCGCAUUUCGCUCGCUUUCGGGGAGAAGCAUAAGGAGCUCUGGAGCAUUAUCCUCAAGGAGGCUGAGCCGGUCCUGACGUCGAUCAAUCCUGGUCUCUGGCAAAAGUUGGGUCCCGUCUUCCAAAGUCAUAAGGCUGCAUAUGGAUCCAUACUCUUMUGGGAGCGUGGCCAGACGACCAAAGAGGCCGCAGAGACGCACAAGGCGACCGGCCAUAUGUUUGGCGAGUGGGGUGAUCACACUCAAGGCAUCCACCAGAUCCUUGUCUGGACUGCCCUGGAACUAGGGGGAGUGGGCGCCAACCUGCAGCACAUGAAUGCUAUUCCGUCCAUCGAGGCAGCCAUAAAGGAAUUUGCGGGUGUCCCUGACGAUUAUAAACUGAAGGCCCACAUCAACUAUGGAGAUGAGCAAGCUGCUCGUCCCGAGCAGCCGAAGAAACUGCCCAUUGACGAGACACUGACGAUUCUCUGA